AAGUCCAUUCCGUUCCAAUCGCCAGUAGAAAGGCGUGGCUGCCCAAAAUCUUCGACGAAUAGUGAAAAAAUGGGAGGGCACGAGUGAGCUGCGUGAUGUCCUCUUCGAAGGUAGGCUGCAGCGUGUGUUUAUUGAUGAGAUGAAAGAAAAUGGAAGUGAGAAAUGAAACAAAGUAAGGGACAGUAUUAAUAAACCCAGUCCUUGCCGGGGGAAACCAGGGAAACGCUGUUGCCACUGGAGAAGAAAGACCCUUCGAGCAGCAGGACGAUAUUGAAGAUUCUGAGUGAGGUUAAAUUGUGGCCGCAUCGAGAUGAAAUGAGUGGCUAACUACUGAUCUGUGCCACUGCACCACUACCACCAGCAACCUGUAGCAUCUAACCAGUGCCUCUUCACCAGCCUGAUACACAAACACGCCCACAUACAUACAAUUACCAACAGAACACCAUCAGACUGUGACAUCAGGUGCAAGGGGAUGACCGAACGCAUUCACCACAUUAAUCUCCACAACUUUAGCAAUUCUGUACUUGAGACCCUCAAUGAGCAGCGAAACCGUGGGCACUUCUGUGACGUGACCGUUCGGAUCCAUGGUAGCAUGCUGCGAGCUCACCGUUGUGUGCUGGCUGCAGGGAGCCCCUUCUUUCAGGACAAGCUGCUCCUGGGCUACAGCGACAUCGAGAUCCCCUCUGUGGUAUCCGUACAGUCCAUCCAGAAGCUGAUUGACUUCAUGUACAGUGGCGUGCUGCGGGUCUCCCAGUCCGAGGCCCUACAGAUCCUCACAGCUGCCAGCAUUCUUCAAAUCAAGACAGUUAUCGAUGAGUGCACCCGCAUUGUUUCGCAGAAUGUCGGCAUCUCUGGAUCUGGCAGCUUCCCUGUCAUCCAGGUUGACUCGGGCCAAGAGACGCCAAGGGGAACUCCAGAGUCUGGCACAUCCGGUCCCAGUAGUGAUGCCGAAUCAGGCUACAUGCAAACAACAUCACACCAGAGCCUUGACCGUGGUUAUUCCUCACUUUAUUACAGCUGUUCUGGGUUGGGCCUGCAAAAUGGUACCCGGGGAAACCGCUCCCACUAUGCCAGUGCUGUGGUUGCAGCCAGCUAUGAAUCACCACUUCCACUACAGCAGAAGGAGGGCGGGCAGGACCCUGCCUGGAUCACACGCAUCCACGAGCGUUCCCAACAGAUGGAACGCUUCCUGGCCACGUCAGAGACUACACACUGUCGCAAACAACCUCGACCUGUGAGGCUCCAGACAGGUGACAUUCACAUCAAGCAGGAACAGGGUGAUGAGUACAACUGCUAUGGACUCGAGGACUGUCGUGAGGACAACGAACAGCCGGAGUGUACCGAUAGCGAACCCAAAGGUGAGAGCUUUGACUCAGGCGUCAGCUCCUCCAUUGGCACUGAGACUGAUUCUGUUGAGCAGCCCUUGUCUGGGUUCAGUCGAGAAAAUUGUCUAAAUAAAGGCCAACAAGGGGAGGGUGGAACUCCGGUGCAGAUCGAGGUCAACGACUCGUCUCCAGAGCAGACCCAUGAGGCGGUUGAAGAUGGUGGUGGAAAUGGCUCUGUGCUAGAAGGUGGUGAACUUGGAAUCCAUCAGCCACUUCAAGCCAACCUAGCUGCAUCCCAGUCCGUGCCAGGUGGGCAACUGUACCUGCGUCCAGGUGAGCCACUUACCAGCAACCUGCGCAUGCCCCUCACCUUGACCAGCAACACGCAGGUAAUGGGAACUGCAGGCAACACUUACUUGCCCACACUCUUUGCAACCCAAUCAUCCAGCGACAACAAGCCUUUCCUCUUCAGUCUGCCCCAGUCCAUGGGGAGUCAGCAGCCCCAAUUUGUGGCAGUGCCCUCUCCCAGCAUGCCCCCGUUCCCCACUGGGCUGUCAGUGCCACCAGGUGGAGGUCAACAACAAGGUGGUGUGGCAGUGGGACAGCAUGGGGAGAAGAAGCCCUACGCGUGUACUCUCUGUUCUAAGACCUUUACUGCCAAACAAAACUACGUAAAACACAUGUUUGUGCACACUGGUGAAAAACCGCACCAGUGCAGUAUCUGCUGGCGUUCAUUCUCACUGAAGGAUUAUCUUAUCAAACACAUGGUCACACACACGGGCAUCCGAGCAUACCAGUGCAGCAUCUGCAACAAACGCUUCACCCAGAAGAGCUCGCUCAACGUCCACAUGCGCUUGCACCGUGGAGAAAAGUCCUACGAGUGCUACAUCUGCAAGAAGAAGUUCUCCCACAAGACCUUGCUGGAGCGCCACAUGACCCUGCACAGCACUGGAACGGGGGUCAAUGCCACGGGAAACACCAGUGGUCCCACAUCCAUCCCGGUUCCGAUAGCCGUUCCAGACCCAGGAGCAGGAGUGGUAGCUCUCGCCAUGCCGGCGGGAGCAGGCAGAGCAGGGGGCGGAGUCGGAAGCACUGGAGUGGGCGUUGCUGCAGAAGCAGGUUGCCAGGAGGGGACCACCUACAUGUGCUCCGUGUGCCCAGUCAAGUUUGACCAAAUCGAGCACUUCAAUGACCACAUGCGCAAGCAUGUCUCCGACGGAUAAGUACAAAUAAAAAAACUUACGUAAACAUGAAAAGAAUGAAAUGAUAAAGAAAACGGCACUAGAAUUAUUAUUUUUUUUCUUCUUCGUAUAUUGGGGCAUGAAGAGUAAUGAGUAUAGACACUGGCACAUUAAGGUUUCUAGAAAAAGAAGCAUUUUAUUUCUUUCUUUUCUUUCUUUUUUUUGUGUCCUUGCUAUUCUUAAAGAAUAAAAAAGAUGGUGGCCUUAAGGCUGUGUAGUUGGAAAAUGAUCCACUGGCUGGAUCCAUACUACUGGCCUCUAAAUAUGUAUGCUUUCCUUAAAAUACUGAUUUAUGUGUUGAACACUACCGAAAGGUCUGCGAAAGAACACACACACACACAAAAGAACAGUCACACGCACACACACACUCACACAUAAACGAACACAAAUACACAUACCCAUGCAUGCACUCACACGCACAAACUACUUAUACACCUUUAUAUAUGGUAGAGGUAUUUCAUACGUAUGUGUAUUUGUGCAUGUGAGCGUGUGUGUGUGUGUGUGCACAAAAAUUGCAGUGAAUUUUUUAACUUGUAGAUCUUUUCCCAUGUAGACCGUA